GAGCGAUCAGGGAUCGAUUUAUCGUGUCUACACUGCACGCAAUACAUUGAUCCCCGAUAGAUCGAUCGCUACCCACCGAUCCAGCGGGUAGUGUCGACGUACCCUUAGAGUUAGAAAGGUUUUCCCAAUCUCUGACCUACAUCUCCCUGCCUGAAAACUGAGCUGCUUACUUCUUGUCCUGCCGUAGGUGAACAUGGAGAACAAACGAUCACUGUCCUCUUUAUAAUCGCCCUGGCUCUAUUUGAAAUAUGUUAUUAGGUUCUCCCUUCCUGUCUUCUUUUGUAAGGACUAAAUAUGCUCCAUUUUCCCCCCUCAUAGAUCAGGUUUUCUAAACCUUGGAUCAUUUUUGUUGCUCUCCUCUGGAUUCUCUCCAGUUUGUCCACAUCUCUCCUAAAGCGCGGCGCCCAGAACUGGACACGCUAUCCAGCUGAGGCCUCACCAGGGCUGAGUAGAGCAGGACAGUUACCUCCCAUGUCUUACGCGCAACACUCCUGUUAAUACACCCCAGCACGAUAUUAGCCUGUAUUGUAUUGACUCGUAUCCAAUCUGUGAUCCACUAUAACCCCAGAUCCUUUUCAGUUGUAUUACUGCUAGCCAGGGCUCCCCCUUUUCUAGUUGUCCAUUUGAUUUAUUUUUUCUUCCUAAAUCCACGUCUACACUCAAAAAUUAAGUCAACCGAGUUAUGUUGCUCAGCCACCAAACACUCUCCUCUGAGCUGUGCCAGCCCUGUCUUUACUUCGCAGGUAAACAAGAGUGCACUGUAGUCUCCUUGAAGCAUCCCCCGUGGUACAUCCAGCCCCUGACACUGAUUACUCACAGAAAUCCCAGAUCCUCUGCUCCCAAAGAAGCCGUGUACCCCAAUUUACGAGUCUGACCUUACCUCACCGCUCGCAUAGCACUUGUGAGCACUUAUACUAAAAACAAAAGGUUUAUUUAAGGGAAAGAUAGACAUUCCACUAGAAACAAGAGAGAGGUGGUCGCAAUACAAAACAAAAUCACAAAGCGUGAACUAGAGCUUGUUGGGAACGAAGAAGGCAUAUAUAGGCAGAAGCCUGCUGUGGAUUUUAAGAGUUUGUUCUGAUAACGUUUAACAGCAGAAGCAGAGCUAUGUAUGUGUAAGAAACUGCAGAGCAAUCAUGGUAGUGAGAACAAGAAAAGACCCCGUGACUAAAAAGCUAGAAAAGACCGGUUUGAACUAACACUAAACAUGUACUGAUGGGGGAGGAGAGUUAACAUGGAAGUGAGAGACUACUGCACAUAUAUGAGAAAAGAUAAAAAAUUAUAAGUAAGUUUGUGUAACAAAGGGAGGUUGAAGCUGUAUUGUCUGAUGCUGGAAGUGACUGCAGUCCUCCUAAUGAGCUUCCAACUUGUAAGUAGUUGAUCACAACUUGCUGAGUGUUUUGCCUUAAUAAAUCUUUGUUAGACCCAUCUGCUGAGUACUAAUAGAUGCCUUUCCUACCUAAUGCACACCCCUUCUGCUGGGCAUUCAUGGACCCCAGAGUGAAAUGAUGUAGUGGCCAUAGUCCAGUUCCAAUGGACAAACUUCCUAAGCGGUUGUCAGGGAAAGUGUAAAUACAUAAGACAUUUCUGCCUCUUCAGCUAUCCACCCCAAGUACAAUCAGGCCCCUGACCCGCGAGCCUCCCCGGCCACCCCCUAUUCAUUAUCUGAGCCAGCUGUGUGAUAUGCAGCUGGCCCACCUCUGAACUGUGCCUUGGAAUAGCUGUCAAGGCUUGUGCUCCACACCCUUCACUUCCUCAGCCUUGUGUCCUGCCCCAGCACUAAGUGGUGGGACCUCCUAUCCCUUGUGGAGGGUGAGGAGCUUUGGUGGGCAAGUGUAUAUUUCACUCUGGUCCCACGGCCCACCAGGGAUAUUAGUUGGCCGCUUCUUCACAGAGCCAUGAGCAUGGGUGUGAGCGCUGUCCGGGAUUCUCUGUUAGGCUUACUGGCCUGUAAUUGCCAGGAUCACCUCUAGAGCCUUUAUUUAACAAAAAAUAAAUAAAGUCAGUGUUAUAUAGCUAUCCUCCAGUCUUCUGGUACAGAGGCUGAUUUAAGGGAUAGGUGGUAUGGACUGGGGUGUAGGUGGUCUGGCCUAGCAGAGCAGGAGUGAAGUGUAGCGGGUGGAGCAGGCAUCCAGGUUGGGGAAUGAAGCCAAGGGUCAUCACCAGUCAACUACCAGUUACCAGAGUCAGGGGUGAAGCCAGAGUCAAAACUAUGAAUCUAAGCUGAAGGUCAGAGCCAAGGUCGGAUGCCAAAUUCCAGAGCCAGGAUCAGAAGUCAGAGGAUGGGGUCAAAGGCAGGACGGGUCACUGAGGAUUGGAGGUCAGGCAUAAGGCCAGGAGGAGAGACCAGGAUCAAGCACAGAGCAGGAGCGUGGUGGGAAUAAGAGCGAAGCCAGGGGUAAGGCAGGAACCAGGAGCAGGGAUGGGGGCAGGAGGCAGACACAAGCCGUGUCCAAUGCAGUCACAAUAGGAAACCACCUUGUUGCUCAGACAAAUGUCCCGUUCCGCCUCCUGGCUUAAAUAGCGUAGUAGGACAAUCAGCAGAGCCGGGCAGUACUCCAGUCAGAGUGAUUGUGGGUGUUUCAUAUAACCCCAGUAGCUUUUCAGCCCACUUGAGUUCAACAGCUAUUGGGUGGAAGCCAGGAUGUGGCAGCUGUUGGGGGAUGUGUAGGCCUGAGUUCAAGUCCUGGGACAUCAUAAUAGGUUAUGUACCACAGUUAGUAGUUCUGGGAUUUCAUAUUUGACUUCAUCUUGGGUGGAUCGCAUCUGGUCCUGGGGACUUAGUACGGUUUACUUUAUCAAUUUGUUCCAAAAACUCCUCUAUUGACAUCUCAAUCUGGGACAGUUCCUCAGAUUUCUCACCUAACAAGCUUGGCUCAGGUGUGGGAAUCUCCCUCACCUCCUCAGCUGUGAAGACCAAUAUAAAGAAUUCAUUUAGCUUCUCCACAAUGACCUUGUCUUCCUUGGGUGCUCCGUUAGCACCCCGAUGGUCCAGUGGCACCAUUGAUUGUUUGGCAGCCUUCCUACUUCUAAAACACUUUUUGCCGUUAGUUUUUUGCUUGUUAGCCUUCAUAUUCAUUUUUGGCCUGCCUACUUAUACUUUUACACUUGACUUGCCAGAGUUUGUUCCUUUCUAUUUUCCUCAGAAGGAUUUGAGUUCCAAUUUUUAAAGCAUGCCGUUUGGCCUCUAAGCACCCUUUUUACUCUGCUGUUUAGCAGUGGUCACGUUUUUCCAUUUUUUUUUUUAUUAUUUGGGGUAUACAUUUAGUUUGGGCCUCUUACAGUGUUUUAAAUAGUUUCCAUGCAGCUUGCAGGCAUUUCACUCUUGUGGCUGUUCCUUUUUAUGUCCAUUUAACUAGUCUCCUCUUUUUUUUGUGUAGCUCCCCUUUUUGAAGUUAAAUGCUAUUGUAGUGGGUUUCUUUGGUAUUCCCCCCCAACAAGGUUGUUAAACUUAAUUACAUCAUGGUUUCUAUCACUGAGCCAUCAUGCUAUGUUCAUCUCUUGGACCAGAUACCGUGCGCCACUUAGGACUAAAUCAAGCAUUGCCUCUCCCUUUGUGGGUUCCAGGACUAGCUGCUCCAUGAAGUUUUUUCCCAAUUUUUUUCUUCUCUGCCACCUCCACCCAUUUGGUUCUGAUCUUCCCCGCCUCAAAUUACAGUUUUGGGCUUCCUGUCUAGGAUGUACCUUUUUAUUUCCUCAGGAACACCCUCUAAGAACUGCUCCAUUUGUAUUAGGAGAGACAAAUCUUCCAGAGACUUAACAGUCGCUCCUGAUAUCCAGGCAUUCCAAUUUUUUACAAUGUGGUAGGCGUGUCAGGAAAAUGCCAUGUCUGGUUUCCACCUUAGGGCUCUGAACCACCGACAGGCAUGCUGGGGUGUUAGUCCCAUCCUAAUUUUGGCCUUGUGUUUAAAAAGUUCAUAUAGGUGAACCAGAUUCAUCUCCAGGUCAGUGUUCAGUUGAGACUUAGGGGCCUUGUUAUGUGCUGGCACCUGGUCUGUCGGCAUCACAGAGGCCACUGUCUCUGAAUCAUCCUCCUGGUUCCUGACAAUUAUAAGGUGUACCAGGAACUUAUGAAAAGGGCAGCCUAGGUGCAUAGGUAGAAUUGGUUAAUGACAAUCCAUAUAAAUUAUUUCAUAUUUGACAUAUGGCUGGGCCUGCCAGAGUGGUUUUGCUUAUUCAUGAGGCCAUCUGGGAGCUUACCAUGAUCAGAAAAGAGGUACCAUAUUCCUUCUUAGGGAUGUGAGUAUUUUUACUCACCCCCAACCUCAGGAUCUUUGGCCUUCAUUAUGCUUAACCAUCAAUUCCACUGAUUCCAAGAACUUUAAUGAAGCUCAGACAAGACUCAACUUCUAUGAUUCUCACUGCACCAGCAUGGCACAGACAAAACUGCUUUCCAGAACCGGUCAGGCUGUCGAUAUGACCAGCAGUCCCCCUUCCUCUUCUUCCCAACUUGAUACUGCAGAACGGCAUCUUCAUCAUCCUCACCAGGUUGGUCAGUGCAGGGACAGAGGGGAGAGCGCCCUCUGCUAGGACCCCUGUUUCCUGCAGCACAGCGCCCCCACUCACUGCCACUCUCCAGCCCCAUCCAUCGCUGUCUCUCUCCUUCUUUCCAUCCUUUGCCUCCCCCAGCCUCGAGGAGUCAGCCAGUACAUCAGCUUGUCCACCGAGGAGGCAGGGGCAAGUGUGCCAGUGACACAUCAGUACGAGGUGAGGCUGGGAGGAGAGAGCCAAGACUCCUGGCUUCUAUCCCCAGACCUGGCAGGGGAGUGGGCUCUGAGGGUUAGAGCAGGUGCCGGGGAUCAGAGAUCCUGGGUUCUCUUCCUGCAGUGCCCUAUGGUGAGUCUGUUUCUUCCCCCCCGCCAAAGUUCAAGAACCUGCGGGAGCGAAGCAUCCCCAUCUCAGUCACAUUCCAGUUUCCCGUGGAGCUGAGCGGGGUCCGGGUGUGGGACACCUCUGAAGUCGUCACCUCCAAGCCCCAGCUGGCUCAGUGCAUCAGUGAGGCUGAAACGCCCGGUUCAAAGGCCUUUGUGAAGCAGAUGAGCGAGUGCCCCCUGCUGGACUGCUCCAUGGCCACCUGUAAGAAGAUCCAGUGCAAAAUCACCUCCCUGGAAAUGCAGCAGCCACUGGAGUUCAUGAUCAAAGGGAACGUCAGCUUCCAGUGGGUCUCCCAGACUCAGCAGCAGAAAGUGAGUCUGGUGAGUGAGGCCCGGAUUGAAUACGAGGAGGAGAAAUACACCCAGAAGGAGGGAUUCGUCCAGCGCCAGGUGCAGACUGUGGUGGAGCGCUCUGAGGCCUAUAACUACCUGCCCAUCAUUGUGGGCAGCAGUGUGGGGGGUCUGGUCCUGCUGGCUCUCAUCACCGCAGCUCUCUACAAGCUCAUCUUCUUCAAGCACCAGUACAAGCAGAUGAUGGAGGACACUGUGGAGGGCGAGGGGCCUCGCCUGACCCAGAGCACGCUGCUGGCAAUCCCUGUUUCCAAUACCCCCAAACAAUAGCCCCCCAUGCACUCCCCUAGAUGGGUCACAGAACCCCCAAAUUUUAAUUGCUGAAGCUGGGCACCCUCACUCUGCCACCCUCCUUGUCCCCCUUCCCCACCGGCACGAGUUGCCAAUGUUGCCGCCCCCCCCCCAGCUUUGCCUCCCUCUGGGUUGCUCCAGAUCCACCCCACCCCCAUUAUGUUGCCACCUCUAAGAUGAAGAAAAAUUGGUCACUGGCCCCCUCCCACCAACAAAAGAGAUCCUAGUGCCAACUAGAGCCAAUCGUUACUCAAAUUACGCUGGGCAGAAUUCUACUCACCUUUCUAUAAUUUUGAUGGAGAACACUGAGGUUAUUUUUAUAGGCUUUUUUUAGAAUUCAAUUGAUUUAAAUUCUGAUGUGGAAAAUUCUGGGUUUUAAGCCUCCCACCCCCAUUUUUAUCAA